AUGGGCAACCUGCCCGCAUGGGCAACCUGCCCACAUGGGCAACCUGCCCACAUGGGCAACCUGCCCCAUGGGCAACCUGCCCGCAUGGGCAACCUGCCCCAUGGGCAACCUGCCCGCAUGGGCAACCUGCCCGCAUGGGCAACCUGCCCGCAUGGGCAACCUGCCCGCAUGGGCAACCUGCCCGCAUGGGCAACCUGCCCGCAUGGGCAACCUGCCCGCAUGGGCAACCUGCCCGCAUGGGCAACCUGCCCGCAUGGGCAACCUGCCCGCAUGGGCAACCUGCCCGCAUGGGCAACCUGCCCGCAUGGGCAACCUGCCCGCAUGGGCAACCUGCCCGCAUGGGCAACCUGCCCGCAUGGGCAACCUGCCCGCAUGGGCAACCUGCCCGCAUGGGCAACCUGCCCGCAUGGGCAACCUGCCCGCAUGGGCAACCUGCCCGCAUGGGCAACCUGCCCGCAUGGGCAACCUGCCCGCAUGGGCAACCUGCCCGCAUGGGCAACCUGCCCGCAUGGGCAACCUGCCCGCAUGGGCAACCUGCCCGCAUGGGCAACCUGCCCGCAUGGGCAACCUGCCCGCAUGGGCAACCUGCCCGCAUGGGCAACCUGCCCGCAUGGGCAACCUGCCCGCAUGGGCAACCUGCCCGCAUGGGCAACCUGCCCGCAUGGGCAACCUGCCCGCAUGGGCAACCUGCCCGCAUGGGCAACCUGCCCGCAUGGGCAACCUGCCCGCAUGGGCAACCUGCCCGCAUGGGCAACCUGCCCGCAUGGGCAACCUGCCCGCAUGGGCAACCUGCCCGCAUGGGCAACCUGCCCGCAUGGGCAACCUGCCCGCAUGGGCAACCUGCCCGCAUGGGCAACCUGCCCGCAUGGGCAACCUGCCCGCAUGGGCAACCUGCCCGCAUGGGCAACCUGCCCGCAUGGGCAACCUGCCCGCAUGGGCAACCUGCCCGCAUGGGCAACCUGCCCGCAUGGGCAACCUGCCCGCAUGGGCAACCUGCCCGCAUGGGCAACCUGCCGCAUGGGCAACCUGCCCGCAUGGGCAACCUGCCCGCAUGGGCAACCUGCCCGCAUGGGCAACCUGCCCGCAUGGGCAACCUGCCCGCAUGGGCAACCUGCCCGCAUGGGCAACCUGCCCGCAUGGGCAACCUGCCCGCAUGGGCAACCUGCCCGCAUGGGCAACCUGCCCGCAUGGGCAACCUGCCCGCAUGGGCAACCUGCCCGCAUGGGCAACCUGCCCGCAUGGGCAACCUGCCCGCAUGGGCAACCUGCCCGCAUGGGCAACCUGCCCGCAUGGGCAACCUGCCCGCAUGGGCAACCUGCCCGCAUGGGCAACCUGCCCGCAUGGGCAACCUGCCCGCAUGGGCAACCUGCCCGCAUGGGCAACCUGCCCGCAUGGGCAACCUGCCCGCAUGGGCAACCUGCCCGCAUGGGCAACCUGCCCGCAUGGGCAACCUGCCCGCAUGGGCAACCUGCCCGCAUGGGCAACCUGCCCGCAUGGGCAACCUGCCCGCAUGGGCAACCUGCCCGCAUGGGCAACCUGCCCGCAUGGGCAACCUGCCCGCAUGGGCAACCUGCCCGCAUGGGCAACCUGCCCGCAUGGGCAACCUGCCCACAUGGGCAACCUGCCUUUCAAGAGGACUGCCACCUGAACCAGCAACUGCCACCUGUACUACCAACUGCCACCUGUACUACCAACUGCCACCUGUACUACCAACUGCCACCUGUACUACCAGCUGCCACCUGA